AUGGGGUACAAUGGAAGCUGGAUUUCAAGAAAUGAAAGUGACCAUGCCCUCUAUCAGGAUGUCACCAGAGCUUUAGAAAUUAGGAAUGUGUCUAAUACACAAAUUGUGUGGAACAAUAGAAGCUACAAUGGGAUCGGACCCUUGGAAAAUGGGGAGUACAGUGAGGAGCAAACCUACAGACAUUUCACUACCACUGUGCAAAUUGUCAUCUUUAUAGGCUCUCUACUGGGAAACUUCAUGGUGCUGUGGUCGACCUGCAGAACAUCAGUAUUUAAAUCAGUAACAAACCGCUUCAUUAAGAACUUGGCCUGCUCUGGGAUCUGUGCCAGUCUAGUCUGUGUGCCUUUUGAUAUUGUCCUUAGUGCCAGUCCACACUGCUGUUGGUGGAUCUACACCAUGCUCUUCUGUAAAAUUGUCAAGUUCUUGCAUAAAGUCUUCUGCUCAGUGACCAUCCUUAGUUUUCCUGCCAUUGCUUUGGACAGGUACUACUCAGUUUUAUACCCAUUGGAAAGAAAGAUAUCUGAUGCGAAGUCUCGAGACCUGGUUAUCUACAUCUGGGCCCAUGCCGUGGUGGCCAGCAUUCCUGUAUUUGCUGUGACCAAUGUUUCUGAUAUUUACGCCAUGUCCACCUGCACAGGAUCCUGGAGCUACUCCCUAGGCCACUUGGUGUAUGUCAUUAUUUAUAACAUCACCACUGUUAUUGUACCAGUGGCUGUGGUGUUUUUUUUUAUGAUUCUUAUCCGCAGAGCACUGAGUGCCAGCCAAAAGAAAAAAGUCAUCAUAGCUGCCUUAAGAACCCCUCAGAACACUAUUUCUAUUCCCUAUGCCUCCCAGAGAGAAGCUGAGCUUCAUGCCAUGCUGCUCUCUAUGGUUAUGAUCUUUAUUUUCUGCAGCGUUCCCUACGUGACUCUGGUGAUUUACCGCACCAUACUCAACAUACCAGAUAUUUCAGUCUUCUUGUUCCUCACUGCCAUCUGGUUGCCUAAAGUCUCCCUGCUAGCCAAUCCUUUGCUCUUUUUGACUGUAAACAAAUCUGUACGGAAGUGCUUAGUGGGGACAAUAGUGCAGCUACACCGGAGAUAUAGUAGGAGGAACAUUAUCAGCUCUGGGAGUGUUGCAGAUACUAACUUGGAGCCCAAUGUCCGCUCUGGUAGCCAGCUUCUGGAGAUGUUUCACAUUGGGCAGCAGCAAAUCUUCAAGCCAACAGAGGAUGAUGAGGAGAAUGAAACAAAAUCCAUUGGUUCUGGUGACUUUCAGCAAAAGGAAAUCCCUACCACCAGUUUAGAGGUAGAACAGACGUUAGUUCAGAAAUGUCUACAACACACCAUUGCAGACUCAGCUGCUCAGGUGGCCCCUGCCAUGCCAACAGAAGCAGAUCUGGUUAAUGACAAAUAUUCAAUGCAGUUUGGCUUUGGGCCUUUUGAGUUGCCUCCACAGUGGCUCUCAGAAAAUCGGAAUAGUAAGAAGCGACUGCUGCCUCCCUUGGGGAAUACCCCUGAAGAGCUCAUCCAGACAAAGCAACCCAAGUGUAAAGCAGAAAGAAAAAUCAGCAGGAACAAUAAAGUCAGUAUCUUUCCCAAGGUGGAUUCCUAG